GAUAAAACCAUAAUAAUAAUAAGUGUGAGAAAUCAUCGAUUCUCCUUUGUUUCGCCUAACCCAAAUUCCUAAAUCUCAGCAUCAUCAUCAUCACCCCCAAAAUAGAGAGAGAAUCGAAGUUUAUCAUCCGAAUCGAAUUAUUUUGAGACGGAAAAAACGAAUCUUGAUCAAAUUCCUCGACUUUUUUUAUUAGCCGAUUUGCUUUUGAUUUCAUUGUUUUAAGGACAUUUGGGUUGCUUGUUUGGUGGUUGCAUUUGGUCAGCGAUUUAACAAAGUGAUCUUGAAGUUAAGAGUUUAGCAGCGCUCAAAGAGUAAGAAAGUAGAUUCUCAACAGGCUGCUUAAUAAGAUUGCUCUCUUUCGCUUACACAGUGCUUUUACAAGAUGGCUGGUGUAAAGCGAAAACUAAGUACCGAGUCAGAUGCUCAUGCUCUUCACAAAGAACUGGAUGAGGUUUCAUGUCCUGUUUGCAUGGAUCACCCACAUAAUGCUGUUCUACUGCUGUGCAGCUCUCACGACAAAGGUUGCAGGUCAUACAUCUGUGACACAAGUUACCGACACUCUAACUGCCUCGACAGGUUCAAGAAACUACAUUCCGAAUCUCCAAAUGAUCCAAAUCCCGAGGCUAACAAUAACGAGCAUGUGUCUGGAAACCAAGUCUCUGUUGGGGAUUCUGAGUCUCUGAGGAGGAGGAGGAGAGUGGAAGAAGUAGUAGAAGAAGAAGAACAGUCAGAGGAAAUUACGAACCUGAAAUGUCCUCUUUGCCGAGGUACUGUCUUAGGGUGGAAAGUUGUAGAAGAAGUGAGAAGUUAUCUUGACAUGAAGAACCGAAGCUGUUCACGAGAGUCCUGCUCGUUUACCGGUAACUACCAGGAUCUGCGACGACAUGCGAGAAGGAUACAUCCAACAACUCGUCCUUCAGACACUGAUCCAACAAGAGAGUUAGCUUGGAGACGCCUCGAGAGCCAGAGGGAGUAUGGAGAUAUAGUCAGUGCAAUACGUUCUGCUAUGCCUGGUGCUGUUGUUGUAGGAGACUAUGUUAUAGAAAACGGAGAUAGAUUCUCAGGUGAGAGGGAAUCUGGAAAUGGAGGAGGUAGCGACCUUUGGACUACGUUUGUAUUGUUUCAGAUGAUUGGUUCUCUUGAAAACAAUGGAGGUUCUAGUGGUAGUGGAAGUGGUGGUGGUGGUGGAUCAAGAACUCACAGGUCAAGGGCAUGGAGGAAUAAUCAUCAUCGACGUUCAUCUUCUUCAGAUAGGCGAUUGCUUUGGGGAGAGAAUCUUUUGGGUUUGCAAGAUGAACAUAAUCACAAUGAUCAUGAUGAUGAGUUGCGUGUACAUGAAGGUACAGGGGAUGGUUUGAAUCGAGUUCCAAGAAGAAGAAGAAGGUUUGGAAGGCCUAGAUCAAGUGGAAACCAUCCUCGAUAAGACCGGUGCUAUAUCGAUAUUCUCUCGGGUUAGAACCAGACCGAUGCAAAAAGGAAAGGUUUUUGCUGAAAUCCCCCGAGAGGCUUAGGAUUUGUUGGUGUUUUUUUUUAUGUAAAUGUUAUUUUGUUGAGCUUCGUUUAGUCGCUCAUUGUAUUUUAAAGUAUGGUUUUUUAUGCAAUGUCUUAUAUUAAUUGUUACAUUUGGAAAAGUGUUUUCUUUUU